AUGGGGGAUCACCAUGUUAUUGGGAUUACCCUGUUGCUGGCUAGUGGGAACUUGUCAUUGCUGAGCCAUGAACAAGUUACUCUCAUGAGUUCACUGUGUCGCUGGGAAAUGUCCUUUUGCACAUCUGAUCAAUCAAGGUUCAGGAUUUUUAGAAGCAAAAUGAUCAGGUGUUUGCUUUUGAUUUCCCUGUUGAUCCAUGCCUCUUUAGCAAAAAAACAAGAUCAACCUACUGAGCCUCAGGCUCCUCUCAAGAAAUGGCUAACUUUAAGCGGUAACAUAAAUUUUUUUUCCCAGCAGAGUCUAGUCUUUUCUUUAUUUUUCUUCCCCUCCUUUAACAAAUAUGUUUGGUCUCCAGGUGACCCACCCCUGGUAAUUGCUCGAGGUGGAUUCUCAGGGCUUUUUCCUGAAUCUAGCGCAUAUGCAAAUGACAUGGCCAAUCAAUUGAAAUUUACGGAAGUGGCUUUGUUCUGCAACCUACAGCUGACAAAAGAUGGCAUUGGCAUAUGCCUGUCAGAUAUCAGGCUUGAUAAUUCAACAAACAUAGGAAUGAUCUUCCCAAAAGAUCCCAAGUCCUAUAACAUUAACGGACAACAGGUUAAGGGUUGGUUUGCUUUGGAUUACACAUCUGAUGUAAUAAUAAGCAAUGUUUCAUUGGUUCAAAAUGUAUUGUCUCGAACAAAUGCAUUUGACCGUCAACUGCCGGUAUCUACUGUUGAGGAUGUCACAGGAGUUAAACCCACAGUGUUUUGGUUGAAUGUUCAGUAUGACGCUUUCUAUACAGAACACAAACUCAGUGUGUCAGGAUACCUUGAAAAGGCUAUGAGAUUUAUGGGAAUAAAUUUCAUUUCAUCUCCUGAGAUUGGUUUCUUGAAGAACAUAAACGGAAAGAUUAACAGAGUCAGGACAAAGCUCAUCUUUGAGUUCCUUGAUCCAGAUGUGGUUGAACCCACAACCAAGCAAACGUAUAGCUCAAUAUUGAAGGAUCUUUCAACCAUCAAGACAUUUGCAUCCGGAAUUCUUGUCCCCAAAGGAUACAUAUGGCCUGUUGAUGCAAACAACUACUUGGGAAAUCCUACUACUCUUGUGGCUGAUGCUCACAAGCUUGGCCUAGAAGUAUAUGCUUCUGGUUUUGCAAAUGAUAUGCCAGGAAGUUACAGUUAUAGUUAUGAUCCAACAGCUGAAUACUUGCAAUUUAUUGAUAAUCCCCAGUUUACGGUUGACGGGUUGCUGACAGAUUUCUCCCCUACAGCAACAAACGCCAUUGGUGAGCUUAUUAACUGCUGUAGUGCUGUGCCAUAUUUCUGUUUUAAUCACAAUUCUUAUAAACAUAUAAAAGAAAAAUCACAUGCUUUGCCACUAAUGAAACCGCCAAGCCCAAGAAAGGGAUACUUGAAGAAAAAAUAUAAUGUUUGCCUGCGAUUUUGUGCAUUUACAGGGAAAGCUUUGAUCAUAACUCACAAUGGAGCAAGUGGGAUGUAUCCUGGUUGCACUGAUCUCGCUUAUGAUCAAGCAGUAAAUGAUGGAGCUGACGUAAUAGAUUGCUCAGUCCAAAUGUCCAAAGAUGGAGUAGCUUUCUGUUUAGAUUCAGCCGAUUUGACAGGGGAUACUACUGCAAUGCCUACCUUCGUGGCUCGCUCUGUCUCCAUUCCUGAAGUUCAAAAGGAUAAGGGAAUUUUUUCAUUCGAUCUUACAUGGAGCGAGAUCCAGACCUUGAAGCCCCAAAUGGUGAGCCCUUUUGGACAAAAUGCUGGCUACCAAAGGAACCCUGAAGCCAAGAACAAGGGUAAAUUCAUGACACUGGCUGACUUUUUGGAGUUUGCCAGGGCAAAGGCAGUUUCUGGAAUUUUGAUCAACAUAGAAGUAAGAAUUUUUAUUUUUCUGCCACUCCUCUUCCUUUUCUUUCCUUUCCACAGCCAUAAUCAUUCACCUAUAGGGGAAUCUGUUGAACUUUAUAAUUAUGUACAUCAAUUAUGCCGGCUUUCAUUCUGUGACAAAAUCCUAACACUGAUGCCUCUCCAGAAUGCUGCUUACCUGGCAUCGAAAAAGGGUCUCGGCAUAGUAGAUUCUGUUACAAAAGCCUUGAGCAAUGCAACCUUUGACAAACAACAAACUCAACAAGUCUUGAUCCAAUCAGACGAUACUUCAGUUCUGUCCAAGUUUCAAAUUGUCCCAGCUUACAAAAGAUUGCUCCGCAUUAACAAGGAGAUAGGUGAUACGCCUAAACCGACAGUAGAUGAAAUCAAGAAGUAUGCUGAUGGAGUAGUUGUCACAAGACCUUCCCUGAUAUCAAUUGAAAAUGGCUUUACUAAGGCUCAAACGAAUGUUCUCGAUCAAAUGCAUGCUGCAAACAUCUCAGUAUAUAUCGCUGUUUUGAGAAAUGAAUUUGUUGCACUUCCAUUUGAUUUCUAUGCGGAUCCCAUGGUAGAGCUUGCUACUUAUGUUGCAGCACUAGAGGUUGAUGGGGUUAUAACAGAAUUCCCUGGAACAGCCAGCAGAUAUAUGAGGAGCCCAUGCGUGGAUCUCAAUGGAGAAAUUGCCAUCAUACCCGCUGAACCCGGUGCACUGGUAAAGCAAGUUCCUGCCAUUGCACAGCCACCAGCAAAUCCCCCCAAUCCGCCGCUUGAGGUUAAAGAUGUUGUUGACCCUCCACUACCGCCAGUAACCAAUCUAUCAUCCUCUACAGCUUCACCGGGUUCCCCAGGCGCUCCAGCACCUUCUUCUUCAAGUGGCUUGACAAUUACCACCAACUUUGGUCUUUGUCUAGCAGCAAUUAUGGCACUCCACUUACUCUCUCUGGGACAUUGACCUUAACGACUAUUAACUCCAAAACUUCGAUUUUCUUUUUCCUCCUUUUCUUUUUUUUUCUACAGCAAAUUUUGCAUGAUUGAUUAUUGUGUUUAUUAUCUUGAUAUUUCAUGGUUUGUAUUCAUAGCGAACAAACAGCUGGGAUAAGUUAUCAUGAAUUUCAUAUGAAUCUCUGAUCCGUAUAUAUGGCCUUUAUCUUCUUUCCCUAAGGGAUAACCCAUAAACCGGUAAUAGCAAUAACUUGGGUUGGAAAGGAACUUGAUAGUGUUGUUGACUGAGUCUUAAAUGGACAUCUAAAUUUUGGGUUGGAUCUCUCCCUUUCAAGAGGUACCUUAUGAUAGUAAACUCUUACUAUGAAAAUUCAUGCUUUAGCCAGAGAAAUUACAAUUCCGCAUCACAUCCAACUGAUUAAAAAUAAUUUUUCCAACUUUCAAAUACCCAUUA